UCCUAGCACGAUCCUCGAUAGGAACUACUCUAUCGACGACAAUGCUAUUAACAUUGUUAGUAAAUCUUGUAUUAUCGGUAACAUCGAGUGCGACAUCAAAAUGGUACGGGAUCCCGAGACGAAAAUUCUCAUAAGUUACAAUGUCUUAUCACCGAAACCGACGUCCCAUAAGGGGUCCAGUCUAUAGUCUUUCUUGUCAGUGAUGAUACUGUUUGAUCAGUCUUAUUCUCCUUAUCAAUCGGAAACUGGCUUGCCUUGUCAGUUGACUGUUACAGUUCAGCGCACAAAGGUCUUACAUUUGAUAUAAAUAUUAUCUGAAAAAGUAAUUAUUUCCACACAGAUAUAUUUAAUUACAAGUAACUGGGUCAACAAUUGAAGUACAAAGAAAUGAAAAUGUUACCACCAACAUACGUGGAAGGUUUUCAUGAUUUAGAGGCUGUAAAAGCAAUGGAGUAUCGGCCUCUCGGUAAAACUGGAUUAUUAGUCAGUAAACUAGCUAUGGGUGGUGCACUAUUUAGUAACAUUUAUGGCACGUUCGAUGAGGAAGAAGCUAUUGAGAUGAUACGCCAAGGAAUAAAACGGGGUAUUAAUUAUAUUGAUACCGCACCGUGGUAUGGACAAUACCAUUCUGAAACUGUAAUUGGAAAAGCUCUGAAAGGCAUACCACGUGAAGCAUAUUACAUCGCAACAAAAGUUGGAAAAUAUGAAUUAGAUUACAAAAACAUGUUUGAUUUUUCAAAAGAAAAAACCAGAAAAAGUUUCCAGAAGAGCUUAAGACUUUUAGGUUUAGAUUAUGUCGACAUUAUACAAAUUCACGAUAUUGAAUUCGCUCCAAGUUUAGAUAUAAUAAUCACCCAAACUUUACCGGAAGUAUCGACUCAAGUUGCAGAAGGUAAGGCCAAGUUCAUUGGUAUCACAGGAUAUCCACUAUCCAUUUUGAAAGAGUGCAUUGAAAAGAGUAAUAUUUCCAUAUCUUGUAUAUUAACUUACACAAGACAUACGUUGAUAGACGAUACAUUAAUGGAAUAUAUAUCAUACUUUAAGGCAAAGAAUAUUGGUGUAAUUAAUGCAGCAUUAACAUGUAUGGGACUUUUAACUAAUAAUGGUCCACCAGCUUGGCAUCUUAGCUUAGAAAAAACAAAGCAAAUAUGUUCAGAUAUGGGAAAAUACUGUAAGGAACGUGAUACAGAACUAGCUAAAUUAGCAAUAUGGUAUUCCAUGCAAUCUGAAGAUAUAUCCACACAUCUUAUUGGAAUGAAUACUUUGAAACAUUUACACAUGAAUUUUGAUAUCCUACAAAAUGGCAUUACAGAAAGAGAAAAAACUAUACUGAAAGAAAUUCAAGAGAAAUAUGUAUCCACAAUAACUGACAAGCAUUGGGAUAAUAAAGAAGUGGAAGCAUAUUGGGAAAAUAUGAAAAAGUGAGAAAAAUAUAUUUCUAACAAUGAUUUGUACACAUAUGUCACAUUGGAGUAAUACAAAAUAGUUUGUUAAUUACUAAAUUACAAAAUUAUUUUUAACUAUAACAAUAUUUUUAUAAUUUCAGUAACAUUAUAAAAUGUCAAUAAUUCUAUAGUCAUAAAGUAACUAUCUCAGAUUCUUCUUAGAAUGUAUAUAAUCAGACUUAUGAAAAUCAUGCUAUUUUUGUUAGAAUAGUACCAAAUAAAAUCUAAUGCUUA